AUGAUGAGGGUAUUGAAAGUAGUUAUUGGUGAUGCAGCCUUUUUACAUGGUGAAGAUAACAACAGCUGUGAAAAGGAUCGCUGCGAAGUAAUGUGUUUUCAAAAUGCUGGCGAUCUGGUCGAUCAUAGUAAAAUUAAAAAACUGAUUACUGGGUAUGACUAUGCGCUUGCUCUGGAUGAGUCUGGUCGCCUGUUUGGGACCGGUAAUACUGAAGGAGGACAGCUAGGAAUAGAACUCGAACCAUCUACUAAGCAUUAUGAAAACUGGGAACUCAAUUCAUCCAUUACCGAAAAGAUUGUUGACAUCGCUGCUAAUGGUGCUAACUGGUUUUGUGCUCUUUCAGCUGCAUUGACUGAAAGCGGUAAAGUAUACGUAUGGGGUGAAGGUCGAGGUCCAGAAAUACAUAAACCUAAACUUACACCGUUUGAAUCGCUUCAUGAAGUUUUCUAUCAUUAUUCGGUGCAUUUGGAAACUUACAAACCUGUAAAUGUCGACGAAUUAUUACCAGUAACUUCAAAAGAUGCUCGUCUAGUUGAUUCGUUCAAAAAAGCUUUCGAUGAUCCUAAAUUCUGCGACUUAUUUGUCGUAGUGGAAGGCAAAACGAUUCCAGUACAUAAAUCGAUACUAGCCGUGCGAUGUGAACAUUUCACAGAAGUAUUUCAGAAAGAUGGGUCGAUUGAGAAACCUAGCGUUCUAGAAAUUGAAGACGGUGAUUUCAAAGUGUACAAAGCAUUCCUCAAAUAUGUUUACACGGAUGAAAUCGAUCAUACGUUAUCCUUCAACGAAAUUAUAGAAUUACUCAACUUGUCGAAUAAAUAUGGCAUGAAAUUAUUAGCUGAGCGUUGCGUAUCAUUGGUUCAAACCAGUAUUACCGUUGAUAAUGUCGUAUCUCUGUACGAACAGGUGAUUGAAAUGAGUAAAGUAACGAAGAUGGAAAAUGUUUUCGAUCAGUUUAAGGAAUCCUGUGUGAAAUUCGCCGCAGACAAUUUUUUCGCGAUGGGAAUUUCAGACGAAUUUGCUCAGUUGAAUGAGAAAAUGAUUAAAGAAUUAGUCUUGGAAGUUUGUAAGCAGAAAUUUAAGCAAUAAAACUGUAGAUACUUAAUUCAUUAUAUCGAAGUUUAGGUGCUCUUUCAUACCUGCUUAUUCACUUUGUGCUUGUGAUUUUUAAAAGACUUUGUGUAGGUAAUUAAGUAUCUUUUCUACCUAUGUGUUUUCCUGUAGAAUUUUAUAUUUUCAAUGAUUAUUUUAUGUUAUAAUGGAUUAAUAUUUAAUUUUGUAAUAAAGUUCUCUUUUUU